AUGUGCACAUCUAUUAUUUCCUUUCCAUCAAUAUACUCAUAUCUAUCUAUCUAUCUAUCUAUCUAUCUAUCUAUCUAUCUAUCCCGGUGUGUACCUUUCUAUAUGUUCUCAGUAUUCCAUUUAUUGACUAUCAAUUUGAUUCCUCUUUUCUCUCUUUUCUUUUCCAUACGCAAAGGUUUGUCGCUUCUCCUCACUGACAAACCCAUCCAUAUUUUCCUCAUACAUAUUCAGUCAAUUCCGAUCUUUCCCGCCUUUUCCCCUCCUCUCUUUCCUUCCUUUUUCAACAUCGACCGCACUUUUCCAUAUUUCAUUUACAGUUUUUCACAAGCAUUCUUUGUCUUUUGUCCGCCUAGCCACAUUUUAAAGGAAGCCGAGAAACAAUGCGUCGAUUUUGUGAAUGCGUUUUUCAUUGUUUUAUUCGUUUUCCGCGCCACUUUUUCCCUCCCAAUCUAUCCAGUGCGCCAUUGUCUUGUUAUCGUACGCGCCUUGUCUCAGAGACACUCGACUGGCAAUACCUCGCAGGCAGCAAUGAGUCUUUUACAGGCAUCGGUGUUUCAUAUCUAUCUAUCUAUCUAUCUUAAUUUAUUCAUUAUCUAUAUAGGUUCAUAUCUAUCUAUCUAUCUAUCUAUCUAUUUUAUCUUUAUCUUAUUUGUUAAUUUUUCUAUCUAUCUAUCUAUCUAUCUAUCUAUCUAUCUCAGUCUGUUUAUAUCUAUCUCAAAAGAAAAGAUCUUGCUUCCUCAUGUUCAAGAGAGAAUCUAUCUAUCCAUCCAUCUAUCAAUCUCAGUCUAUUCAUAUCUAUCUAUCUAUCUAUCUAUCUAUCAAUCAAGAGAGAAAAUGAUGUCUAUUUAUCUAUCUAUCUGA